GACACACAGCAGUGCAUGUUCCCAUUCUUAAGAUGAUACAAAACAUCUUCAAUCAUACAGAUAUUCUGGACAAAAUUAAAGAAACAAAAGUGGCACAAAACAGUCAUUAUGUAAGCCACCAAGAUGGUUUUUACUUCAAAGAGAACACAUUCUUGUCUUCAGAUGAGUUGAAGAUAACAAUCAUUUUGUACAUUGAUGAUUUGGAAAUAGCCAAUCCACUUGGCACAUCACGCAAAAUACACAAAAUCUGUUCAGUAUACUGGAUGCUUGCUGAUCUUCCCAGUAAAUAUCGAUCAGCCCUGCAUGUGAUUCAGCUUGCAGCUUUAUGUAAAGUGGCUGAUGUACAGACAUUUGGCUAUGAAAAAGCACUUGGACCUUUGUUGAGAGACCUUCGUACCCUUGAACAAGAUGGGGUAUUCAUUGAGUCUAUUGGUAAGGUAGUUCAAGGAACAGUCAUGUGUGUGGUGUCUGACAAUCUUGCAGCCCAUGAUUUGGCAGGCUUUUCAAAGUCUUUUAGAGCAGAAUAUUUUUGCAGAUUCUGCACAGCGACACAAGCUAAACUUCAGACUCAUGAAGUUGCAAGUGGCGAGUUCAGUCUUAGGACAAAAGACAGCCAUAAUAGUGAUGUAAAUGCUGUAAUGCAUGGGGAUAGUCAGAAUGGUGUUCGGGCAGAUUGUGUCCUGAGCCAGCAUCUCGAGCAUUUUCAUACUGUCACUGGCUUUCCACCUGAUGCCCUCCAUGAUCUUUUUGAGGGCAUUGUGCCCGUAGAGCUCGCCCUGUGUAUCGGAGAGAUGAUCCGUCGCAAAUACUUCACCCUUGAAUAUUUGAAUGAGAGAAUACUCUUAUUUCCAUACCAGCACACAGACAAGCUUGACAAACCUCAUAAAAUACCACAGACUUUCUCUGUAAAGAAAAGCAUUGGUGGUAAUGGCCAUGAAAAUGCCACAUUGCUUAGACUGCUACCUUUGAUUAUUGGGAAUGCAGUACCUGAAGAGGAUGGAGCAUGGACUGUGCUAAUGGACUUAAAAGAGGUAGUAGAGUUAUCGCUGAGCUCAGAAUUCACAGAGGAGUCCAUCCAGUAUUUACAGUCCAAGAUACAGGAUCAUAGAGAGAUGCUGAAAGAAGCCUUUCCAGAUUUCAAACUCCGCCCUAAGCAUCACUACAUUGAACACUAUCCUGACCUUGUACGCCGUUUUGGGCCUCUUGUACACUUGUGGACAAUGAGGUUUGAGGGUAAACACCGUUUUUUCAAGAGAGUUGUACACGACACACAAAACUUUAAAAAUGUGUUAAAAACACUUGCAGACAGGCAUCAAUACAUGGUAGCAUACCAUCUCAGUGCCUCAGGAUUCUUCAAACCUCACCAGCAGACAUCAAAUGUCUCUUCUGUACUGGUAUCAAUGCUUACAAAUGUUGCCAAGACUUACAUUGAACAAAUAACAGCAAGCAAUGUUAUUUACAGCACAUCAAAGGUCUGCAUUGAUGGAAUUGAUUAUGAUGUAGGAAUGUUUUUGUCUGUGGGACAAGAGGGAGGACUACCUAAUUACUGUAGAAUUGAACAGGUUUUCCUGGUUAACAGUAGUGUUGUCUUUCUUUGCCAAGAGCACACAUCACACUACAUUGAACACCUGAGAUCUUACGAACUUUUCCCAAACAAUCUGGCUGUUCACACCCCAUCAGAGCUAAAUGACAAAACCCCUCUCUGUGCUUACAAUAUAGAUGGAAGAGUGCUCUUGACACCCAAACGUUUCAUAUUAUUACACUGAAGAUUUUUUGAAGCAGGUUAACAGCCCCACUCCAGCAGCUGGCCUUCCAUACAUCCCAUAGUUCAAGUGGUGUCCCAGAACAAAAGAUGGCUGCUGCCCAGAAGCAUGUGCUGCGUGUGUAUGUUGCUCGAGACACCCUUAAACUUACUCUACUUGAGCGACCAAAGUCAGUGGAGGAGCUGAAAGAAAUAAUGCAAGAGAGGUUCAAGCCGAGGCUGGAUGGGGACUUUAGCCUGCACUAUGAGGAUCCGGACUUUGAUGGUGAUCUUUGUCUUCUUUUGGACAUCCAGGAGUUACCAGAGAAGGGCACACUAAGAGUCGUCAGAUCUGAAGGUGACACCUCAUCUACUGGAUCUUCUGACACAGACAUACUCCCACAUGUACCUGCUUUACAGCGCCAGAAGAGUUGGCCUGAUCACUUUGUUGUUCCUGGUUUUGGUUAUGAAAUGGAGCAUAUACUAGAUGAAGGAAAUCGUGUUUAUGAAGAAUCAGGAAAAUUGCUGAAGUUAAAGAGGUCACAGAAGAGUGAAAUCCUUAAAAAGAUGGCAGAAACGAUCUACACUUUUAAACCCUACCCACAUGAGAAGGAGUUGGCAAUGGCUGCUCAAGCUUUGAUUAUAGCUCAUCCAUGUCUCAGAAUGACGGCUGGUGAAGACGGGGAGUUGGGAUGGAAACGUCACAUAGGGUACAAGGUUGCGUCUUACCGUAACAAUCUGGCCAAAGCUGGGGUUGCAGAAGUAGCCAUCAACACAGGGAGGCGGAGCCGAAACAACCCAGACAACGAUCACCCCCAUCAAAACAUAAAGAAAGCUCGCAAAGCAGAGGUCAAUUACAUCAUCAACCUACCAAAGGAUCAAACCCCAGCCACUCUGGAAACAAUGAGAGAAGAAAUCAUACAUGAAGUCGAAAAGACUGAGAGAAACCAAUUAGUCAUAGGCAGGCUCAUGAACACAACCUAUGCCCUUCGUCGCCAAGAAAUUGUUGGCGCUCUUGUAGCUCCACGGGUGAGAGACGUCGUGGACAGAUGGCCAGCCCUACUUAUGGAGUCACAGGUGUUUGCAGAGUUCCACAGAAUCAACAACGUUAACCUGCGCAAUCAAUUCUACAAGGAGCUGGACAGACACAUGCCUAAACUCAUCACCUUGUUCAGAGACAAGGCCACCAAGACUGGCAAGAUAGCGGAGGAGCUAGCCAAGCUCAUGAGGAUUUAUGACCUUCAGGAACAACGUGAUACAAAUAUGAGACGGGCCCUCGUCCUUCGUGCACUUCCUGUGUACCUGCGUGAAGAUGCCUCCAAGUUCUUCAGGACCUGUAAUUCAGCAGAUGGUCCAGACCUCACUGACACUCCAGUGGCUCUCCUGACAGUCGUCAUGGAUGACACUACUGAUGUGGCCCUCUUCAGCCCUGAGAGCAUCUGUAUUGUUGUGGAGGAUGAAAUACUUGUAAGUGGUCCCACAAAUCUGGCUGACUCAUUUGUCCUGCUCUUUGGGUACAUCUAUGCACUAGACCUAAAGUAUCCAAAGAGUCUUGAGCUUACAUUUACAUUCAUCCAAAAAGUUGUGAUGUGUCUUGAGGACAACAAACCACUGAAAGGGCGUCUACUGACACUGAAGAAUGAUUUGUUCUAUGAGUGAAUAUCCCAGAAUGGACUAUUUGUUGAGCUGAGUAUUGAGGAAGGUUUUUCUUUUUUCCCCUGUUAACAAAUGUAACCAUUUGCCUCUUCUACCUCAGAUUUCUACUCAGUACAAAGCCUAAUUAGUUAUGCUGAAUGUGGCACAGUUUGCAUCUUCAAUUCACUGUUCAAUUCAUGCACUAUACAUGUUUAAUGUUCUGUUGCCUAAUGCCUACGUUGAUGCACUGCCUUGAUGUUGCCAGUUGAAGUACGGCACAGUAGAGACAAGUACUUUAUUUGAAUGUUUUAUUUUAAAAAAGUGAUUUGUAGCCUUCAAGGUACAGUAAGUGCUGACAAUGACCACUAUCAGAAUAUGGAACUAUUGAGAAGACACUUAAUGCACUUUAAAACACAUUUUGUUUUGCUGGAGUCAUUUCCUUUUGUUUUAAUUUAUGUCAAGCAUUUUGUUUUCACUGAGCUCCUUUGAUUUGUGCUUUUUUAAAAAGCACAUUGUGUCGAAUA